AAGGAGCUGGAGGUCACGGCGGGUCAGGUGCCGGCCCUGGAGAAACGCGUCUACGAGCUAGAGACGUUGCUGAAGCGCAGGUCUGGCAGCCAGCCACGCGCACUCUCCCACGUGGACAGCGGCCUCUACUCAACCUCGGAGAGCGAGCACGAGGAGACUCGACCCCACAACCCAGGCACGGAGACCAGCUCGGGUGAGAACCCAGGCACGGAGGCCAGCUCAGACGACAUUGGCCGAACCACUGCUGGAACGGGAGCCGAAACCGAAGCCGGAGUCGGAGUCGAAGCCAGAGCCGCGACCGAAACCGAUCCGGGGAGUGCCGCCGCGGCGGAGGCUGACGGCCGCACCCCACCCGGACAUGACCGGAUGACGUCAUCACCGGUCGCGGUCGCCGAUGACGUCACCGACCCUGCACGCUCGCCGCUCAGAGAGUCAGCGGAGACGCCGACGCGAGCUGCCUCUUCGUCUGCCACGGAGGAGGAGCACGACGCUCUCAUCCGGCUGGAGGAGCAAGUGCAGUGGCUGCGUCAGCAGUUCCUGGACGCCGAACAGGAGUGGGAGCAGGAGCGCCGCCAGCUAAUGCAGGAGGUCACGCAGCGACAAGAGGACUGCCAGCUGAUGGCCAGCGAUAUUCAGCACCUGGAGCAGGAGCAGCAGCCGCUCCUGCUUCUUCAGGAGCGGGCCAACAGUGUGCUGGACGUCUUACGGAAUCUUCGACACGUGAACAUUUCGACUCGCGCGCUGGGCCGCCUGGUGUACGACGCCCUGGAGCGGUGUCAGGAGACGGACGGCGGCCAGGCGGCCUUCCGGUUCCUAAACGCCCUGCACCGGGCCGCCUCGGGCUACGAGCGUCUGAGCACCGAGAGCCUGAUCCAGCUGGCGCUGGAGGGUCUGGGCCCCGACCGGAGCCGCGCCAGUAAUACUACCGCGCUCUCCACUAACAACCUGCGUUGUCCGGUGUUUGUCGACCUUCCGCGCACUUGA